AGCCAAAAAAGAUAACGAAAAGGAGGAUAGAUUUCUCUUGACCAAAUGGCUUUAUCUUUGAAAAAUAUAACAUCGAAUAGUCCUUUUCACUGUUAGCCAUCAAAUAGAUUCUUCUGGAGUGUUUAUGGAUAUAGCAUAAAGUGUAGCCCCACUGCCGAAGCAUCAAAUCGGUCGUUUAGAGCUUGAGAAAAGCUCAGAGAAGCUGAUUAGCAGUUCCUCAGAAAUGGGAAGGCAAGUAGGAACCAUUGGAGCAGGCAUUAGUGGUCUCCUUGCCUGUAAAUAUACUCUGUCAAAGGGUUACCACCCGAUUGUAUUCGAGUUGCAGAACAGUAUUGGAGGAGUGUGGACUAAAACAUUUGAGACUACGAAGCUCCAGACUCCAAAAGCACUCUAUCAGUUUUCAGAUUUUCCUUGGCCAUCUUCAGUCACAGAAGAUUUCCCUAACCAAGAUAAAGUCUUGGACUAUCUUCAAUCAUAUGCUCGCCAUGUCGACUUGCUACGACACAUCAAAUUCAAUACUAAAGUUGUCAGUGUAAGCUAUGAGGGAGUUUCUGAGGAAGAGAUGGAAUCCUGGGAACUUUGGGGUGGCACUGGUGAUCCUUUUAGUUCAAAAGGGAAAUGGAACGUCACAGUAGAGGACACCCAGAGCCUUUCAAUUGAGGUUUACCAAGUGGACUUUAUAAUUCUUGGAUUAGGACGGUUCAGCGAUGUUCCUAACAUUCCAGAGUUUCCACUGGAUGAGGGACCUGAAGCAUUUGAAGGGGAGGUAGUACACUCCAUGGACUAUGCUGCGAUGGACCAUGAAACUGCAGCAAAUUUCAUCAGAGGGAAGCGAAUAAUGGUUGUUGGCCUCCAAAAAUCUGCACUGGACAUAGCAAUGGAAUGUGCAUCAGCAAAUGGAGUGGAACUUCCUUGUACUUUGUUAUACAAGACUGAACAUUGGACCCUCCCCGAUUACCUUCCUUGGGGAGUGCCUCUUGCUUAUCUGUAUCUUAAUCGAUUCGCAGAGCUUUUGGUUCACAAACCUGGAGAAAGCUUCUUUCAUUAUAUAUUAGCAACAUUUCUUUCACCCGUGAGAUGGAUAUUUUCUAAAUUUGUUGAAAGUUAUAUCAAGUGGAAGCUUCCUUUGGCCAAGUUUGGAAUGGUACCUAAACAAAGCUUUCUUCAACAAAUUAGUUCUUGUUUGGUCUCAACAAUACCAGAAAAUUUCUACAAGAAAGUGGAAGAGGGAAGCAUCAUUUUGAAGAAAUCACGCAACAUUAGAUUCUUCAAAGAUGGGGUUUGUGUUGAUGGUGAGCCGUCUCCUCUAAAGAUUGAUUUAGUUAUAUUGGCAACAGGAUUCAGAGGAGACACAAAACUCAAGGAGAUCUUCGCAUCUAAAACCUUUCAAGAUCUCAUAGCAGGAUCCCCAAACUCAACAGUUCCAUUGUACAGGGAAUGCAUUCAACCCCGAAUUCCGCAAAUCGCAGUAAUCGGAUUCUCAGAAAGUAUUGCAAAUUUAUAUACCUCGGAGAUUAGAUGCCGAUGGCUAGCUGAACUUCUUGAUGGUACAUUCAAACUACCUAGCAUCAAAGAGAUGGAGGAAGAUGUGGGGAAAUGGAACAAUUACAUGAAGCGAUACUCAGGUGGACAAUAUAGAAGAUCAUGCAUUGGUGCUCUUCAUAUAUGGUAUAAUGACCAGUUAUGUAAGGACAUGGGUUGGAACACUAAAAGAAAGAAGGGACUUCUUGCUGAACUGUUUGAGCCUUAUGGUCCUAUGGACUAUGCUUCAUCUCAGUGAAGCUUAUUUGUCAUGCUAUUGCUAGCUGCAAUAAAUAUUCAAGUUUAUCAUCAGAACCAUUAUAUCUGUAAUUGCAUGAUUAACUUCCAGAUAUAAGAAAUACAAGCGAACGAGAGUCUCAUCAAUAAAA